CUACCUUCCUCUGGACAUUUCUGGGCAGAAAAAUUACUCCUGCCCCAAGCAACUCCAUUUCUCCCUUUCCAGGUAGCCUCUGAUGUGAAGGGCUUAUAUUUGGAAGAAAAACCAACGUGGCUGCAAUAAAGGAAAGAGAUGGCAAGAACGAAGCUGAAAGACUUUACUACGUUGGAGCUUAUGCUCAGUGCUCUCCUGCUUAUUGUGUUUAUCAUCACUAUUCCUCUCUUUGUGCUUUCUGCGAAAGAGUCUUUGAAAUCCAAAGAUUCUGGAACAGUUAUCCCCCCUGAGUGCCCCGUGGUCAAUGAAUCGGAGCGGAUAAACUGCAUCCCAGACCAGUCACCCACAAAGGCCACCUGUGAACAGCGUGGCUGCUGCUGGAAACCUCAGGGGCCCAUCAGUGUGCCCUGGUGCUACUAUUCUAAGAGUCAUGGCUACCAGGUGGAGGGUGACCUUGUAAAGACAAAUGCAGGAUUCACAGCCCAGUUGAAAAGGAUGCCCUCUCCAUCCCUGUUUGGAAAUGAUGUCAACAAUGUCCUUCUCACAGCGGAAUAUCAGACAUCCAAUCGUUUCCACUUUAAGUUAACUGACCAAAAGAGUGACAGGUAUGAAGUGCCGCAUGAACAUGUCCAAGCCUUCAAAGGAAAUGCUGCUCCUUCCCAGACCUAUGACGUUAAGGUCUCCAAACAGCCAUUUAGCAUCAAAGUGAUCAGAAAAAGCAACAAUUUAAUCCUGUUUGACUCAAGCAUUGGGCCUCUCCUGUUUGCUGAUCAGUUCCUGCAGCUCUCCAUCCGACUGCCCAGUGCCAACGUGUAUGGCCUGGGAGAACAAGUGCACGGACAGUACCGCCAUGAUAUGAAUUGGAAGACCUGGCCCAUAUUCGCCAGAGAUACAACUCCUAAUGGGGAUGGAAAUAACUUGUAUGGUGCACAGACAUUCUUCCUAUGCCUUGAGGAUGCUAGUGGAUCGUCCUUUGGAGUGUUUCUGAUGAACAGCAAUGCCAUGGAGGUUGCCCUCCAGCCCACACCAGCCAUCACUUACCGCACCAUUGGGGGCAUUCUGGACUUCUAUGUGUUCUUGGGAAAUACUCCAGAAGAAGUGGUCCAGGAAUAUCUAGAGCUCAUUGGACGACCAGUCCUACCUGCAUACUGGGCACUUGGAUUUCAACUCAGUCGUUAUGACUAUGGAACCCUAGAUAACAUGAAGGAAGUUGUGGAGAGAAACCGGGCAGCACAGCUCCCUUACGAUGUUCAGCAUGCUGAUAUUGAUUAUAUGGAUGCAAGGAAGGACUUCACUUAUAAUCCAGUCGAUUAUAAAGGCUUUCCUGAUUUUGCUAAGGAUUUGCACAAUAACGGACAAAAACUGGUCAUCAUUGUGGAUCCAGCUAUCUCCAUCAACUCUUCCUCAAGUAAUCCCUAUGGCCCGUAUGACAGGGGUUUAGAUAUGAAGAUAUGGAUCAAUGCUUCAGAUGGAGUGACUCCACUCAUUGGGGAGGUCUGGCCUGGAAAAACUGUGUUUCCUGAUUACACCAACCCCAAGUGUGCUGUUUGGUGGUCAAAUGAAUUUAAGCUUUUCCACAAUCAAGUGGAGUUUGAUGGAAUCUGGAUUGAUAUGAAUGAGCUCUCCAACUUUGUUGAUGGUUCACUUUCAGGAUGUUCCACAAGCAAUCUAAAUUAUCCUCCAUUCAUUCCCAGAGUCCUGGAUGGGUACCUGUUCUGCAAGUCUCUCUGCAUGGAUGCAAUACAGCACUGGGGCAAGCAGUAUGAUGUCCACAACCUGUAUGGCUACUCUAUGGCGAUUGCUACAGCAGAAGCUGUCAAGACUGUGUUCCCUAAUAAGAGAAGCUUCAUUAUAACCCGUUCCACCUUUGCGGGAUCUGGCAAGUUUGCAGCUCAUUGGUUAGGAGACAAUGCAGCCACCUGGAAUGACCUUCGAUGGUCCAUUCCUGGAAUGCUCGAGUUCAGUCUUUUUGGUAUCCCAAUGGUGGGUGCUGACAUAUGUGGCUUUGCACUGGAUGCCCCUGAGGAGCUCUGCAGGCGGUGGAUGCAGCUGGGAGCUUUCUACCCAUUUGCCAGGAAUCACAAUGGCCAAGGCUACAAGGCCCAGGAUCCUGCCUCCUUUGGAGCCAACUCUCUGCUGUUGAAUUCCUCCAGGCACUACCUUACCAUCCGCUACACUCUACUGCCCUAUCUGUACACUCUCCUUUAUCGCGCUCAUAGCCGGGGGGACACCGUGGCCAGGCCCCUUCUGCAUGAGUUCUAUGCGGACAGCAACACUUGGGAUGUGCACCAACAGUUUCUAUGGGGGCCUGGCCUCCUCAUCACUCCGGUUCUGGAUGAGGGUGCAGAAAAAGUGAUGGCCUAUGUGCCUGAUGCUGUCUGGUAUGAUUAUGAGACUGGGAGCCAAGUAAGAUGGAGGAAGCAGAAAGUGGAAAUGCAACUUCCUGGAGACAAAAUUGGACUUCACCUUCGAGGAGGCUACAUCUUCCCCACCCAACAGCCAGCCACAACCACUGUUGCCAGUCGACGGAACCCUCUUGGUCUUAUCAUUGCCCUAGAUGACAACAAAGAAGCAAGAGGCGAACUUUUCUGGGAUGAUGGGGAAACGAACGAUACUGUGGCCAAUAAUGUUUAUAUCUUAUGUGAGUUUUCUGUCACCCAAAACCGCUUGGAUGUGAAGAUUUUGCAGUCAACCUACAAAGACCCUAAUAAUUUAGUAUUUAAAGAGAUUAAAAUCCUUGGGACCCAAAAACCUAACAACAUUGUAGUGAAACACAAUGGUGUACCAACUCAGGUUUCUCCUAAAGUCACUUAUGAUCCUAACCGACAGGUUGCCCUUAUCACAGGACUUGAUCUUGUCCUGGGAGAAGCAUACACUGUGGAAUGGAACCUGGUGAUGGAGGAUGUAGAAAAAAUAGACUGUUAUCCUGAUGAGGAUGGUGCUUCUGAAGCAAAGUGCAUUGCCCGUGGCUGUGCCUGGGAGGCAACCACUUCCCCAGGAGUCCCUUUUUGCUAUUUCACCAAUGAGCUAUAUUCUGUUGAUGAUAUUCAGUAUAACUCACAUGGGGCCACAGCUGUCAUCUCCUUAAAGUCUUCUCUUUACGCCAACGCUUUGCCCUCAACACCUGUGAACACCCUCCAUGUGAAUGUGACCUACCACAAGAAUGACAUGCUGCAGUUUAAGAUUUAUGAUCCCAACAACAAUCGGUAUGAAGUCCCAGUCCCUCUCAACAUACCCACAGUUCCAACCAGCACCCCUGAGAGUCAACUCUAUAAUGUCUUCAUUAAGAAGAAUCCAUUUGGGAUUGAAAUUCAACGCAGGAGUACAGGCACCGUGAUUUGGGACUCUCAGCUUCUUGGCUUCACCUUCAAUGACAUGUUCAUCCGCAUCUCCACUCGCCUUUCCUCCAAGUAUCUUUAUGGCUUUGGAGAAAAUGAGCACACAACCUACCCAAGAGACUUGAAUUGGCACACAUGGGGGAUGUUUUCCCGAGACGAACCCCCGGGGUACAAGAAGAAUUCCUAUGGUGUCCAACCCUACUACAUGGGACUGGAGGAGGAUGGAAGUGCCCAUGGAGUGCUUCUGCUAAACAGCAAUGCCAUGGAUGUGACAUUCCAACCCCUGCCUGCCUUGACAUACCGUACCACAGGAGGAAUUCUGGACUUUUAUGUGGUUUUGGGGCCAACUCCAGAGCUUGUCACUCAGCAGUACACUGAGUUGAUCGGUCGGCCAGUGAUGGUUCCUUACUGGUCCUUGGGAUUUCAGCUGUGUCGCUAUGGAUACCAGAACGACUCUGAGAUUGCCAGCUUGUAUGAUGAGAUGGUGGCUGCCCAGAUCCCCUAUGACGUGCAGUACGCGGACAUCGACUACAUGGAGCGGCAGCUGGACUUCACCCUCAGCCCCAAGUUUGUUGGGUUUCCAGCUCUGAUUAAUCGCAUGAAGGCCGACGGGAUGCGAGUCAUCCUCAUUCUGGACCCAGCCAUUUCUGGAAAUGAGACAAAGGAAUAUCCUGCAUUCGAUCGCGGCUUGAAGGAUGAUGUCUUCAUCAAGGCUCCAAACAGUGGAGACAUUGUCUGGGGAAAGGUCUGGCCUGAUUUGCCCAAUAUCGUUAUAAACAGCUCUCUAGACUGGGACAGUCAAGUGGAGCUAUACCGAGCUUACGCGGCCUUCCCAGAUUUUUUCCGUAAUUCAACUGCCACCUGGUGGAAGAGGGAGUUGAAAGAACUACACACCAAUCCACGGGAUCCAGACAAGAGUUUGAAGUUCGAUGGCAUGUGGAUUGAUAUGAAUGAACCAUCAAGCUUUGUGAAUGGGGCAGUUCCUCCAGGUUGCAAGAAUGCCUCUCUGAACCGCCCUCCCUAUAUGCCAUAUUUGGAGUCCAGGGACAGGGGUCUCAGCAGCAAGACCCUGUGCAUGGAGAGCGAGCAGAUCCUGCCCGACGGCUCCCGGGUGCGGCACUACGAUGUGCACAGCCUGUAUGGGUGGUCCCAGACCAGACCCACAUACGAAGCUGUGCAAGAGGUGACAGGAGAAAGAGGGAUCGUCAUUACCCGCUCCACGUUCCCCUCUUCUGGCCGCUGGGCAGGACACUGGCUGGGAGACAACACGGCUGCAUGGGACCAGCUGAGGAAGUCUAUCAUUGGCAUGAUGGAGUUCAGCCUCUUUGGCAUAUCCUAUACAGGAGCAGAUAUCUGUGGGUUCUUUCGAGAUGCUGAAUAUGAGAUGUGUGCUCGCUGGAUGCAACUGGGGGCCUUUUACCCCUUUUCAAGGAACCACAACACCAUCGGGACAAGGAGACAAGACCCUGUAUCCUGGGAUGAUGCAUUUGUGAAAAUCUCCAAAAGUGUCCUGCAGACCAGAUAUACCCUCUUGCCAUAUCUUUACACCCUGAUGCACCAGGCCCACACAGAGGGCAGUACUGUCGUGCGGCCUCUUCUCCAUGAGUUUGUGUCAGACCGGGUGACCUGGAACAUAGAUGAACAGUUCCUGCUGGGCCCAGCCUUCCUGGUCAGCCCCGUCCUGGUGCCUAAUGCAAGAAAUGUCACUGCAUACUUCCCUAGAGCCCGCUGGUAUGAUUACUACACGGGUGUGGACAUUAAAGCAAGGGGAACGUGGAAGACUUUGCCAGCCCCUCUUGACCACAUUAAUCUUCACGUCCGUGGGGGCUAUAUCCUGCCCUGGCAAGAGCCUGCACAGAACACCCACUUAAGCCGCCAGAAAUCCCUAGGCUUCAAAGUUGCCUUGGACGAUCAGGGAACUGCUGAAGGUUGGCUCUUCUGGGAUGAUGGGCAAAGCAUUGACACCUAUGAAAAGGGACUCUAUUACUUGGCCCGCUUUUCUGCCAUUCAGAAUACGAUGAAGAGUCAUGUAAUUUUCAACAAAUACAUCACGGAUACAAACCCUUUGAAUCUGGGCUACAUUGAAAUCUGGGGAGUGGGCAGUACCUCCAUUUCCAGUGUCAGCAUCUCUGUGAAUGGCAUGGAUAUAACACCCACCUUCACCUACAACCCUACAUUAGAGGUGUUAAAAAUUGAUGUGGCCAGCAGAAGCAUCAGCCUACAUAAUUUCACUUCAUUGACAUGGAAAAGCACUCUGUGAAUUUUAAGAGCAAGAACCUGAGAAUCACUUUGAAACUACUUAUACUUCAUGCUUAUAAAAUUAUUGUGUGUUGCUAAUUGGUUCAUGCCCACUAUGGGUAAAAUCUUUUAUUAAUUUUGUUAUAUGUUUUGUCUGUGCCUUAACCCUGUGGGAUAGGCAGUAGGGAGGUGUUGAAAAUCAAUGGAUUAUCUUAAUGUCUCUAUGUGAUUAGUAUGGUAUCUAUUAUUCAUCAUUUAACAUUUACUGAAGCUGAACUGGGUCCAUGGUGAAGUGUGUGUGUGUGUGUGUGUGCAUGUGUAUAUGUGUGUAACCAGGAAAUAUGUCCCACUCUCCUGCCAAGUAGACAAGAAAAAGCUUGCCAGGACAGUUUCAGGCCCUGGAGCUAACACUCCAAGAAAGUAUCCAGAAAGCCAGAACUCAUAAAGGACAUCUGUUGGUUGGUUACAGGAAAAAGGGAGCAUUAUGUUGACAGCAGGAUAGAAGGGGAAGAAAAGGCAAACACAAGGAAAGGUAAAUAGGAAAGAUGAGUGGAAACAGAUUGUGAUAAAAGUGAUCAUGACAAAUGAGAAGACAAUAUUAAAAUAUCAGGAAAUUAGUCUCAAUGGGAGGAGAAAGGAAGAACCAAUUCAUCUGAAAGCAAGAAGAAGGGUUAGGGGAAACACUUAACAUAUGGGAGUAGGGUGAAGAUGGAAUUUAAGCAGGCAAAACUGAAGGAAGGAGUUUGAAUGUAAAAAAUAACUUAUUUUUGCAGUGGUGUGCUUUAAAAUAUGUAAAUCUUUCUUCUCUAUUCUGUGCCUAAUGUAUAUAACCACAAUUUACACAUGUGCAUGCAACUUUCAUGCCAGACCCAAAUAAAAGAAGCAUAUUUACAAGA